UGCGCUGAUUGGUUGAGCUGAAAAGACACUCCUGCGACCGAUUCAGGAACACAGCUCAACUCACAACACUCUGGGAAUUCAAGCAGGCAUCAGAGAAAACAAUGGGAAAGAAAGAUGCAAGUGGUACAAAGUUGCCCAUUGAUCAAUACCGUAAGCAAAUUGGAAAACAAGAUUAUAAGAAAACCAAAUCUGUUUUAAGAGCGACAAGAUUGAAAGCUGAAGCUAAAAGAAGUGCUUUGGGAAUUCGGGAAAUCAUUCUUAUCCUUGUGGCGGUGCUGAUAUUUAUGUUUUGUGUAUAUUGCUUUUUCUACCUGAAUUUGACCACGGAAAUUGACUUGGACUUAGAUGUGGACUAGAAGGCAGCUCCACGUCUUCUCUGUUUCCUGGCCUUGUGAAGAUAUCAUGUGCAGCACGUCGAGACCCACCGAGGAGAGCACACAAACAGAGGCAGAGGGGAUUAGAGGUAUCUUCCUCCUCUCUGGCUUCAAUCCCAUCUUGCUUCACUCUCCACUGCCUGUGCACCCUGCCCCCUAGGGUGUGGCCUAUCAGACUUCCACUACAUAAGGAGAAUCUGUUGUACUGCAGGGCUAAACAAAACCUUCGAAGGAAACAAAGAGGAAAGGAAGCACUGCUAGGUUUCUUAAACCUUUGCUCCUGUGAAUGGAAUACCACUGCAUUUUAGAAAAAUUAAUUAUUAAGGGACGGAAGAAAUACAUUUUUUUGCUGAAGUCUGAAUGAAGUCUUCCUUAUGGCUACAAUUCCUCUAAGGUCAUAUUUAGUCGGUUGUGUUUAGAACUUAAUUGGUUGACCAUUUCAUCUUGGGGGCUCACCGUAGGCUUUGGAAUUGUUCAGCGUUUGUGUCUGCUGGGUUCAGGAACAGUUGGAACAAGCGUGAGUCGGGGUCGUUUUGUGACAAAAUAAGAUCAGUCAAUCAGUAGAAACAGCAGUAGAAUAUUACAGUAGAAUUAAAAACUUUUCUACAUGUAGAAAAAUAUGCAAAUCUGUUACAGCAAUGCAAUAUCUCUUUCAUGCAUUCCAGUGCACAAGCCUCUGCUUACAGUUUCAGGGAUCAUAAUGGCAAAGAUUAAACAUCUAAUCCUGGGCUGAUUAAGAAUGUGCCCAGAAUACCAAACAAGAAUUUUAAUCCAUUUGGGGGAUGAUCUGCAGAUGAUGCUAUAAACAACAUGCGUUAUUGCAAAGGGGAAACAGUGCUUUUAUGAAAAUAAAUAAAUGCAUUGCACAGAUUUUUUUGCACAAUGUAAUCCAACCAUGAAGGGUUUUCUUUGCCUUUAAUAUAGAAUUUGAUUCCUAUUUCUUUCAGGUUUGUCAUAUUUAUUGUUGCAUAAUGAAGUUGAUUCAUUUCUGUAUUAAUUUUGCACCAUUGUCCUAUACAUCCUGUAUUCAUAACAAUAAAAUAUGUUUGGAAAAACA